UGGCGACGGCGUACGAGGUUGAAAUGUCAUCGCGAAAUCCGGUGCUCACUCUUUCACGUGUUGUUUUUCUACGAUACGGCUGUCGCUAAUUUUAGUUCAUCAUGAAGUUCAACAAGCACGUUACCUCAGACCGAAGCAAAAACCGUAAGCGGCACUUCACUGCCCCUUCACACAUUCGUCGGAAGUUGAUGUCAGCACCUUUGUCCAAAGAAUUGAGACAAAAAUACAACGUUCGCCGUAUGCCAAUCCGUAAAGACGAUGAAGUUCAGGUUGUACGAGGUCACUACAAAAGCAACACAGUUGGCAAAGUGAUCCAAGUUUACAGAAAAAAAUUCGUUGUCUACAUCGAACGUAUCCAACGUGAAAAGACAAACGGUACAAAUGCCCCAGUUGGUAUCCAUCCAUCAAAGUGCGUUAUCGUUAAAUUGAAGAUGGACAAGGACCGUAAAGCCAUCUUGGAACGUCGUGCUAAGGGACGAUUGGCCGCUCUUGGAAAAGACAAGGGCAAAUACACCGAAGAAACAACAACAGCCACUCCAAUGGAAACUGCAUAAAAUGUCAAGUACAUAUAAAUAUGUGUAAACAACGGAAUGCCGUCACUUCUUUUUUUGAUGACAUUUUAUCAAAUAAGAAAAUAAACUGGUGUUUUUUGAUCAAAACAUCGAUCAUUAAAAUUAUUAAAAGAAAA